AUGCCUCGGGGCCGGAAGAGCAAGUGCCAUGCCCGCGAGAAACGCAGUCAGGCCCGGAGUGAGGCUCAGCAUCUCCAAGAUGCUCAGGCCCCUGCAGGAGAGGAAGAAGAGUCUCUCUCCUCCCCCACCUCUCCUCUUGGUGGUGCCAAGAGCCAAGAUGAAGAAAAACCAAGCACCUCUCAGGCAUCACUCAGCACUGAUUUUUCCUGCAGAACCGCUGUAGACCAGACGGCAGUUCUGUUGGUGCAAUUCCUGCUGUGCAAGUAUAACAUGAGAGAGCCCAUUACAAAGGAGGGUAUGCUGAAGCAUGUCAUCAGAAAGUACAAGGAGCAGUUCCAUGAGAUCCUCAGGAGAGCCUCUGAGCUGAUGGUGCUGGCCUUUGGCAUUGAUGUGAAGGAAGUCGAUCCCACCAGGCACUGCUAUGCCCUUGUCAGCAAAUUUCAGCACACCAGUGAUGACAGGAUGAGGGGUGAGGAGAUCGUGCCCAAGACCGGCCUCCUUAUGACAGUCCUCUGUGUGAUCUUCAUGAAGGGCAACUGCGCCACUGAGGAGGAUAUCUGGGAAGUACUCAAUGUGAUGGGGAUAUAUGCUGGAAAGAAGCACUUCAUCCAUGGGGAGCCCAAGAAGCUCAUCACCAAGAUUUGGUGCAGGAAAAGGUACCUGGAGUACCGCCAGGUGCCCAACAGCGAUCCCCCGUGCUAUGAGUUCCUGUGGGGCCCGAGAGCCCAUGCUGAAACCAGCAAGACGAAAGUCCUUGAAUUCUUGGCCAAGAUUCAUGAUACGGUCCCCAGUGCCUUCCCACUCUUGUAUGAAGAGGCUUUGAGAGAUGAGGAAGAGAGAGCCCGAGCCAGAUUUGCAGCUAUGCUUCGCACUGGUACCGUGGCCAGUGUGCGUUCCGGGGCCGACUUCCAGGGCAGCUUCUCCCACCUGUAG